GUGACAACAGUGACAACCGUGGCAGCAGUGACAACAGCGACUACAGUGACAACGGUUUCAACAGUGACAACAGUGACAACUGCAACAACAGUGUCAAAAGUGACAACAACGACAACUGUGACAACAGCGACAACGGCGACAACAGUGACAACAACGACAACUGUGACAACAGCAACAACUGUGACAACUGUGACGGCUGCGACAACAGUGACAAUGGCAACAACUAUGACAACAGUGACAACGAUGACAACAGCAAAAAAAGUGUUACUAACGACAACAGUUACAACAAUAACAAUAGUGACAACAGUGACAACCGUGACAGCAGGUAGAACAGUGAAAAAAGCGACAAUGGUGACAACCGUGAGAACAGAGACAACAGUUAGAAAAGCAACAAUAGUGACAACAGUGACAAUAGCGACAACGUUGACAACAGUGACAACAUUGACAACAGUGACAAAGGUGAGAACGGUGACAACAGUGACAACGGUGACAGCAGUGACAACAGUGACAACUGUGACAAGAGCGACAACAUUGACAACAGUGACAACGGCAAGAACUGUGACAACAAUGACCACCGUGACAACAGCCACAACAGUGAAAACGUCGACAACGGUGUCAACAGUGACCACAGUGACAACUGCGACAACAGUGUCAACAGUGUCAACAGCGACUUCGGUUACAACAGCAACAAUAGUGACAACAGUGAAAACCGAGACAACGGUGACAACAGCAACAACUGUGACAACUGUUACAAGAGCGACAACAAGGACAACACCAGCAACGGCGACAACAGUAACAAUCGGUUCAAGGCGACAACAGUGACAAUCGUGACAACAUUGACAACAGUGAUAACAGCGAAAACAAUGACAACGGUAACAAUGACAACGGUGACAGCAGUGACAACGGUGAAAACAGCAACAACUGUGACUGGAACUGUGACAAGAGCGACAACAGUGACAAUGGUGACGACAGUGACAACUUUGACAACAGCAAUAAAAGUAGCAACAGCGACAACGGUGACAGCAGCAACAAUAGUGACAACAGUGACAACUGAGACAACAGCAAAAACAGUGAAAACAGCGACAACGGUGAGAAUGGUGUCAACAUCAAGAACAGUGACAACAUCGACAAUGGUGACAACAGUGACAACAGUGACCACAGUGACAACAGUGACCACACGACAACAGUGACAACAGCAAGAACAGUGUCAACAGUGACAACAACGGCACCUGUGACAACAACAAUUGUGACAACAGCUACAACAGUCAGAACGGCGACAACAGUGACAACAGGGACAGCAGUGACAAUGGUGACAACAGCAUUAAAAGUGUUAACAACGACAACGGUUUCAACAACAACAACAGUGACAACAGUAACAACCGUGACAACAGCGACAAUGGUGAGAACAGUGAAAACAGUAACCACAGUGACAAGAGUGACCACAGCGACAAUGGUUACAACAGCAACAAUAGUGAAAACAGUGAUAUCCGUGAUAGCAGCGACAACAGCAACAACAGCGACAACAUUGACAACAGCAACAACGGUGACAACAGUGGCAACGGUGACAACAGUGACAACUGUGACAACAGUGACAACGGCGACAACAGAUACAACAGUGACGACCGUGACAACCGAGGCAACAGUGAGAACAGCGACAACAGUGACAACGGUGUCAACAGGCACGCAGUGACAACUGCAACAACAGUGUCAACAGUGACAACAACGACAACUUGACAACAGCAACAACUGUGACAACAGCGACAACAGUGACAAGGGCGAACACAGUGACAACAGUGACAACAGCAAUAAAAGUGUUAACAACGGCAACGGUUACAACAGCAACAAUAGUGACAAUACUGACAACUGUGACAACAGCGACCUCGGUAAAAACAGCGACAACGGUGACAACAGUGACAACAGUGACCACAGUGACAACUGCGACAACAGUGUCAACAGUGAUAACAGCGACAACGGUUACAACAGCAACAACUGUGACAACUGUGACAAGAGCGACAACUGUAAAAACAGUGACAACAGCGACAACAGUUACAACAGCGACAACCGUGACAACUGCGACGACAGUGUCAACAGUGACAACAACGAAAACUUUGACCACAGCAACAACUGUGACAACAACGACAACGGCGACAAUGAAAACAACGGUAACAACAGUGACAAAAGUGACAACAGCGACAAC